UGAUAGAAGUUUAUAUUUGGUUUGACAAUUAUAACCAAAAUUAAUCGCACUAUUUUUUUUUUGUAAAAACAAUUGAUAAAUUUCUUUUAUUUAUUGAUAUUUUUCAAAAUUUUAAUAGACAAAACAAAAUGGCAACAAAAGUAGUUGCAACAGCAACUAUUAGAGCAGUCAAAGGAAGAAAAUUAAUACCGACACGAGCUGCUUUAACAUUAACACCGUCAGCUGUAAAGAGAGUGAAGGAACUCUUAACUGGAAAACCAGAAUUUAGCGGUUUAAAAAUUGGAGUGAGGCAAAGAGGAUGUAAUGGACUUUCAUAUACGUUGGAUUAUGCCAAAGAAAAAGAUAAACUUGACGAAGAAGUUGCUCAGGAUGGAGUUAAAAUAUUUAUUGAUAAGAAGGCACAAUUAUCACUUUUAGGUACUGAAAUGGACUAUGUGGAAUCGAAAUUAUCUAGUGAAUUUGUUUUUAAUAAUCCAAAUAUUAAGGGAACAUGUGGUUGUGGCGAAUCAUUUAGCUUGUAAUUUGAUAAAUCAGAUCAGUACAGAAAAUUUAGCGUUAAAUGUAAAUUCAUGUACUAAAUGGAUAUUUAAAUAUUCUUGAAAAUUAUUGUAAAAAUAUACGCUUUGUUGAAACUCUAGUAAUAGUAAAUAUAGAAAAAAUUAUUAUUUAAAUCAAA